GUCUCGGGGAAGGGGCGCAGGUAGCCGCCAUCUUGAGUUGCGAACCUAGUCGCUACGCUCAACGCUAGGGGCGGAGUGGCGACCCCUUCGUUACCUGCAGCGGACUUCGCAACCGGGGCCUGAGAAGUUAGGACCGCAGGUAGUGCUACAUUAAUGGAUGCCAUGGCUAGUCCAGGGAAAGAUAACUAUAGAAUGAAAAGUUAUAAGAACAAAGCCCUAAACCCCCAAGAGAUGCGUAGACGAAGAGAAGAAGAAGGAAUACAGCUUCGAAAACAGAAAAGAGAAGAACAGCUGUUCAAACGCAGAAAUGUCUCUUUGCCCAGAAAUGAUGAAUCUAUGCUAGAAAGUCCAAUCCAGGAUCCAGAUAUCAGUUCCACUGUACCCAUUCCAGAGGAAGAAGUUAUCACCACAGAUAUGGUUCAGAUGAUUUUUUCUAAUAAUGCUGAUCAACAGCUAACAGCAACACAAAAAUUUAGAAAGCUGCUUUCUAAAGAACCUAAUCCACCAAUUGAUCAGGUUAUACAAAAACCAGGAGUUGUACAGAGAUUUGUAAAAUUUCUUGAAAGAAAUGAAAAUUGUACUUUACAAUUUGAAGCUGCAUGGGCAUUAACUAAUAUAGCAUCUGGAACUUUUCUGCAUACCAAGGUAGUGAUUGAAACCGGGGCUGUUCCAAUUUUUAUCAAACUUCUUAAUUCAGAGCAUGAAGAUGUGCAAGAGCAGGCUGUUUGGGCACUUGGUAAUAUUGCUGGUGACAAUGCAGAAUGCAGAGAUUUUGUUCUGAACUGUGAAAUACUUCCACCUCUUUUAGAGUUAUUAACAAAUUCAAACAGACUUACAACAACCAGAAAUGCUGUAUGGGCCCUCUCAAAUUUAUGUAGAGGGAAAAAUCCUCCUCCAAACUUUAGUAAGGUUUCACCUUGCUUAAAUGUCUUGUCACGAUUAUUGUUUAGCAGUGACCCAGAUGUAUUAGCAGAUGUGUGCUGGGCCCUUUCUUAUCUCUCUGAUGGACCCAAUGAUAAAAUUCAAGCAGUCAUUGAUUCUGGAGUCUGUCGAAGAUUGGUGGAACUUUUGAUGCACAAUGAUUAUAAAGUUGUAUCACCUGCAUUAAGAGCAGUUGGUAAUAUUGUGACUGGUGAUGAUAUUCAAACACAGGUAAUUUUGAAUUGCUCUGCGUUACCAUGUCUCUUACACUUGUUGAGUAGCCCAAAGGAAUCAAUCAGAAAAGAAGCAUGCUGGACUGUUUCUAACAUCACUGCUGGAAAUAGAGCUCAGAUUCAGGCUGUUAUAGAUGCAAAUAUUUUUCCUGUUUUGAUUGAGAUUCUUCAGAAAGCAGAGUUUCGCACCAGAAAAGAAGCAGCUUGGGCUAUAACUAAUGCAACAUCAGGAGGCACUCCAGAACAAAUAAGGUAUUUGGUAGCCUUAGGUUGCAUUAAACCACUUUGUGACCUAUUGACUGUUAUGGACUCUAAAAUAGUCCAAGUGGCUUUAAAUGGACUUGAAAAUAUUCUGCGUCUUGGAGAACAAGAAUCCAAGCAAAAUGGAAUAGGCAUUAAUCCAUACUGUGCUCUCAUUGAAGAAGCAUAUGGUCUGGAUAAAAUUGAAUUUCUGCAAAGCCAUGAAAAUCAGGAAAUUUACCAAAAGGCUUUUGAUCUGAUUGAACAUUACUUUGGUGUAGAAGAAGAUGACCCCAGCAUUGUACCUCAGGUGGAUGAAAAUCAGCAACAGUUCGUGUUUCAGCAGCAAGAAGCACCAAUGGAAGGGUUUCAACUUUAAUUUGGUGAGGGGAAAAUAAAUGGCUAAAUAGGGUAGUUUCAGAUAUCUCUUCUUUGUUACAAUGUCAGUAGGAAUGUUUGGUGUGUUUUUACUUAGAACAGAAAAGAAAAAAGUUGAUGCACUUUUAAAAAGCAAAACAAAAGUUUCCAUUCAGAUGCAAUCUUUUGUUAUAGUUUUGUUUUUAUUUUGGUAUACCUGUUUUUGUGUUUCAAUUGUUUUAUCUAUUUUUUGUAUCUACUUGUGAACAAUUAAAUACAUAUAAAAUUAUUUAAUAACUUAAGCUUGAAAAGGAGAACUUUGGCAGAGUAUUACAUAAUGGUUCUGAAUUUUUUCUAGCAUCUUGGAAACUGUGCAUUAGCAGUACAGCUACUGAUAGUUGCAUUUUGGCAGUAAGUCUGACAUGCCCAAUCUACUAAAUCUACCUCUAUCUUGAAGCAAAAACAAAGAAGCUUCAGAAGCAUGAAAUAGUGUAAAAGCUAAAUUAGAAUGUGAAAAUAUCUAUUACCUUAAAUUAUAAAUCACUGUGCUGUAGGUUAUACUUUGCAAAAAAAAAAACACAACAGAAAACCUGUAAAAUUUAUUUAUAAAACAUAGAAGUAUUGUACUGAUAAUCAAUUAAAAUGUGGCAAUUGUGAAGAGAAAAGCUGUUCUUCAUGUUGAACACAUUGAAAUGAUUACACAUUUAAAUAUUUGUUUUUAACAUACAAAUGCUAUUAAUAUUAUUAUAUUUUGUAUUUUGACCA